AUGGGUGGAAACAACUGCUCCAAUGCAACUGAGGCAAAGAGGUGAACAAAGACGUCGAUCAGUGCGGCUCUGUUGAUCCAGCGCUGGUACCGUCAGCAUGUUGCACGGCUGGAGAUGAGACGCAGGUGCACGUGGAACAUCUUCCAGUCUAUCGAAUAUGCAGGAGAGCAAGACCAGAUCAAGCUCUACAAUUUCUUUGGCUUCUUGAUGGACCACUUCACCCCAGCCAGCAGUGAAAGAAACCUUAUAUCCCACAUAUUUCGUAAGAAUGAAAUCUGUCUUGACACCGAGUGGGAGAGAUAUUUUUGCUACAAGAGCAUUGAGGUGACAAAAAGCUACACAGGCCCCCAUCUGACGUUCCCCAUGACGUUCUGUAGGGUGUCGAAGCUGGUGGAGGCCUUCAAGCACAAAGAACAGCUUCAUGCUCGAUAUGUUCUGCAGCUUCUUGGAGAGACUUGGAGGCUUCUGACAACUUUUCCCAACAUCAGUCACGUCAUCGCCUGCCAUACAAAGCCGAUUACCAUAUGCGGGGAUCUACACGGGCACCUUGAAGACCUGUUGUUGAUAUUCUACAAGAACGGUUUGCCGUCCUCUGAUAAACCAUAUGUUUUUAAUGGAGACUUUGUGGAUCGUGGUAAAAACUCUUUAGAGAUCCUUCUCAUCCUAUUCGGCUUCCUGCUGGUCUAUCCCAAUGAUGUCCAUCUGAACAGAGGGAACCAUGAGGACCACAUUGUUAAUCUGAGAUAUGGCUUCACUAAAGAAGUUUUGGGAAAAUACAGGGUGCAUGGCAAGAAGAUCCUAAAGCUCCUCCAGAUGAUUUUCAGCUGGCUACCUUUGGCCACAGUGAUUGAUAACAAAGUGCUGAUUGUGCACGGUGGGAUCUCUGACACCACAGACCUUGACAAGAUAGCUAGAGUGGACAGACAAAAAUAUGCAUCGGCUCUCAGGCCUCCUAAAAUGAAAGUCCAUGGCUGUAUGACUAAGAUGAACGAAAACAGGGAAAGAGAGGCCUGUGGUCAGGUGGAAGGCCGGCGUCGAGUGUGUUCUCUGACUUACCACAGCUCGGCCCCGGAUCACAGGCACGACCUCCCACGCCGCUCACUCCACAACACCCCUGUGUGCAGUAAGCUAGACUUGUCGGUGGAUGAGAAGCUAAACAGGAGGCUGUCUGGGUUUGAUCAGGCCAGAUGUGAACUGAAGAAGUCUGACUCAUACCUGGAGUCUAAAACAACAGAGACAGAUAUGGAUGAGUGGAAACAAAUAGUGGACGUGUUGUGGAGUGACCCAAUGCCUCAAAAUGGAUGCAUUCCCAACGAGGUGCGAGGCGGAGGCUGCUACUGGGGGCCAGAUGUCACUGAGGAGGUGCUGCGAAGAAACAACCUGCAGCUCCUCAUCCGCUCCCACGAGUGCAAACAGGACGGAUACGAGUUCUGCCACAACCGCAGGGUGAUUACUAUAUUUUCAGCGUCUAAUUACUACGAGGUGGGCAGCAACAGAGGCGCCUUCAUCAGAAUGGGACCUGACCUGGUCCCCCACUUCAUUCAGUAUCAGGCCAGCACCACAUGCAGAGAGCUCACCCUGAGACAAAGUGUUGGGUGGACGGAGAGAUCCGCUCUGCAAGCUCUGAGGGAACAACUUUUCGUACAUAGGUCUGAUCUCAUCAGUGCCUUCCAGGAGUUUGAUCCUAACAACAAAGGGAUGAUCUCUGUGACGAACUGGGCUAGCACCACAGAGAGAGUACUGAAUCUGGGUCUGCCCUGGAGGGUGCUGCGCCCUCAGCUUGUCAGCAGCACCCAGCAUGGCAUGAUGGACUACCAGCAGUGGAUAAAGGAGCUUUCAAUCACUGAACCCAAAUUAGAGAUCUCAGAUAACAGUAUCCUGGAUACGAUGUACAAGAACCACUCCAAUCUGGAAACCAUUUUCCGGAUCAUAGACACAGAUCACUCAGGUUUAAUCUCUUUCAAGGAGUUUCAUCAGACCUGGGAACUCCUGCGCUCUCAUCUGAAGACAGAGAUUAGUGCCAAGGCCAUUGCAGACCUGGCCCAGAGCAUCGACUUCAACAAGGACGGGAGCAUUGACAUCAAUGAGUUCCUGGAGGCUUUCAGGCUGGUGGACAUAUCAGCACAUAACUGA